UCUCCGUAGCUGACACUCGGAAAAGGAGCAUUCCUGUCUGGAAUGAUAUCCAGUGGUGGGGGGAGUAUGGAACCAAAAUCACCAAACUUAAGGCUCCAGAAUGCUGUAGGAUUCCUUCCGAAAAGCUUCUCGUGGAAAAUAGCACUAGUGAAAAGUUGCGCUAGUAGAGCAGCACGAACAUUGGUUGAUUGAAUCUUUACUCCUCAAUGAGAUAUCAUUCACUGUGCAUCGGUAUUAAGAGUGCGCAAGAACUAGAUCUAUCAUUAGUUUAACAUUAGCCAUGAUUAUUGUUCAAUAGCUUUUUUACGCCAAAAAAGGAUAUUAAUAAAAGUGGACUGUGGAGGCAGUUUUGAAUCAGGCUGUUGUUCCAUAACUCCAGUGUUUUUCAAGAUACUCGUCUGGAGAUCGUCAUGUCCCAUCUAGGACGACAGCUGCCUCUUGACUUACUCUUGAUGACAAUCAUUGUCAACUCGGCAUUGUCAACUGGACCGAAUAACGAAGGACCGAACCCUGAAUUCAUCCGACCCAUAGGCAAUGUGACAGUUCCCAUAGGCAAAGAAGCUGUUCUCACCUGUGCUGUUUCAGAUCUGGGAAAUUAUAGGCUGGGAUGGGUGAGGUUGUCAGAUCAGACGAUUCUCAGCCUUCAUACUCAAGUGGUGACGCCAAGCUCCCGAUUUCUGACAACCUACGACAACCAAAACCAGUGGAAGCUGCACAUCAAGGGAGUGACAGAGAAGGACAUAGGCUGCUACAUGUGUCAGAUCAACACCAAAGUCAUGAAGAACCAGAUCGGGUGCCUCGAGGUUCACGUUCCACCAGAUAUCAAGGAGGCAGGUACCAGUGGCGAUCUAGUGGCCAAGGAGGGAAGCAACGUGACCCUGUCAUGCAACGCUUCUGGUGUCCCCCGGCCCAGGGUGACGUGGAAGAGGGAGUACGACCACACAGUCGCAUGGCCAGGCGACUUCCAUGUGGGAGACUCCUCUCACUCAAUAAACAAAACUAUGGAGCGACAGCAUGGACACUCAGUCUCCUGGCAAGGCGACUCCUAUGUAGGAGACUCCGUUUACUCACUAAACAUAACUGGGAGGCGUGAGGGCGGACACACAGUCGCCUGGCAAGGCGACUCCUAUGUAGGAGACUCUGUUCACUCAAUUAACAUAACUGGGAGGCAUGAAGGCGUACACACGGUCGCCUGGCCAGACGAUUCCUAUGUGGGAGACUCCAUUUACUUUGUGAACAUCAGUCGGAAACAGAUUGGCAACUACCUUUGUAUAGCUAGCAACGAGGUACCACCGGCUGUUAGCAAGCGAAUUAUGCUCACUGUUCAGUUUGAGCCGAAACUGACCGUUGAGAAUGAUGUGGUGGGAGCUUUGCUUGGAGAUUUAGCCUAUUUGAGCUGCACAGCUGAAAUGCUCCCAGUGACUAGCGUCUAUUGGUCCAAGAACGACUCCAAACUCGGAGCAAGACAUAAAAUUGAAGACUCGAGGAGUUCAUACAUAUGGCAAACAAAACUGAUCAUCACAAAUGUUUCAAGUGAGGAUUUCGGAUUUUAUCUCUGUACAGCUAAUAAUGAGGAUAAAAGACUCACUGCAUUGGUUCGACUCUAUCAGAUAAUCGCUUCAACCACGAAGCCAGUCCCCAGUACGACCACGGAAACAACCACGAUUAUCACCACUGUCAAGGCUAGAACUAGGAGACCACGAGUCACCACCACCACUGAGAAAGCACCACUCAAUUAUCAAGUUUCAGUUGCGGUUGGUGUGAAGGAGAAACAGGAGGAGAUAUCUGUCAGUGAUCCGAUCAGUGGACGUCACAGUGACGUCACAGUGAUCAGUUCGAAAGCAUCCAUUCAUCAUACAGUGGCACAAAUAUGCCUGCCUGGUCUAUUCUGGCUUAUGAGUCAUGACACUGCACUGCUGUAGUACAUUAGAGUGACUGACUUGGGAGACUGCAGAAACGACGGAAUCCACAUCUAUUAUUGAAAGCAACAAAGCAUCCAUAUUUUUUGAAAUAAUCUCAACUUUAAAUUAGACUAAAGCCUGGUUUUCAUUGGUAGAGUAGUGGUAGAGUUCCCUGGGCAAGUACUAACUAUCUUGUGAACUCUCCCAAUGAAAUGGUCAUGGUAGAGUACAAUAGUUCUGUUUAGUUAGAGUGAGUUAGAGUAAUAAAUACUAGUUAUAAGUAGAGUGGAGUGGGAUAGUAGGCUACUCUCUACCACUUGCCGUUCCCCACCACCGCUUCACACUCUACUCUACCACUACUAUGCUAAUGAAAACAGUCUCGAGCUAGUAGAGUAGAGUCAUGCCGUAGGCUAUCAAAUUUGAGUAUAUAAAUGGUAUGUACUUGAAUACUUAUAGUAUGGUAUAUACUACUGUAUAUAAAUGAUAUAGCCCGCAUAUAUCAAUGCUUUUUGUAAAACUUCUGUGGCUGAACGGCGAUAAUGAAUGUUCCGUAUUGACAUUCUAAGGUUAUUUCUGUUCACUUAACUGGAUAACACACUCUACCUACUAUUCUCAAUUGUAGUGGAGACAGUUAGUUACUCGACCAAGUAAGUAGAGUAGAGUUGGUUCGGUAGAGUUAGUAUGCCAGUUACUCGACCACUAACUCUACUAGUGAAAACCAGGCAUAAAGUGAAUACCGGGCAAUAGUGAAAACCAGACUAAUGUUACUCUAAAAGCUAUCAAGCCCAUCGUAUCCAUUAUCAAGAGUAAUAAUUAUUCAUCAUAAAAUAGAAUUAUAGUACCCUUUAAAAUGCAUAAAAUAUUAUUAAGAUUAAUAAAAUUAAAUUUAAUAAAA